GUCACUUUGAAAAAGCAUUGGCGGCAUUCCCAUAUCCGUAAUUUUAGGUAAAAAAAACAGAUCUGUUGGCCGAAAGUAGGGUGGGAUCUGGGUCCCACAUCAAAGGACUAUUCUGUACUCUACCCGUUGCUCGUACGAAGAUAUUUCACAAAGGAACGAGGGUUUUAUGGUAAUUUGGAAAUGAUCCAGUUCCCGUCGGUAAUCGCGUCGAGAAUCCGAACCAUUCUGGAUGUUUUAGAAAACGGAGUCGUUUUGAUGAAUCAUGCUUUUGCCUUCCGUUCUUUCCUGGUCACAAUAAUCCUUGUUCAGAAACAGAGAUCGGAAACUCCGUCAAGCCGACGUCGAUUGAGAGCUAGAAGAUUGAUUUUCUCUUUUCAUAAUUCAUCUGGUAUGGCGGGUAGAGCUCAGAUCGCCACUAGCAACUCGGCUCUCAUCGCAAUGAUUGCUGAUGAGGAUACUGUGGUUGGAUUUCUGCUGGCUGGAGUGGGUAAUGUUGACUUGAGGAGAAAGACAAAUUACCUUAUUGUCGACUCAAAAACCACUGUCAAACAGAUUGAGGAUACAUUUAAGGAGUUCACUGCAAGAGAGGAUAUUGCAAUUGUGCUGAUCAGCCAAUAUGUUGCGAAUAUGAUAAGGUUUCUGGUGGAUAGCUACAACAAGCCUGUUCCAGCAAUACUAGAGAUACCUUCAAAGGAUCAUCCAUAUGAUCCUGCACAUGAUUCAGUUCUUUCCCGAGUCAAAUACCUCUUCUCUACAGAAUCAGUGGCAUCCGGCCGGCGCUGAGUGCAUUGUGACAACUUCACUGUCAAACCGUACUUUAUCUCAAUAAUUUGUAUAUUAUGAAAUCCAUCAUUCUUUCAGACAGUUAGAAAUCAUCCUUUUCGCUUACCAUGUGUUUCAUUAUGCAACUUUAUUUUGGGAGUUUUUGUUAUCAUCUCCAAUUAAAUAAAUUACAUUGAACAAG